UUUUCCAUCUGUUUUCUUCUUCUUGUUCUUCGUCUUGGGUGAGAAAGAAAAGGGGGAGUCUUGGCGGGUUGUUUCUGAGGCGGACGGGCUGGUGCCGCGGAUGGGAUUUGUGAGGGAAGUACCGGCUGACGCCCUCGUGCUUCCUGGUAGUUUAUCUUUUCUCUGACAGAGGAGAAGAGCCAGUGUUUGAAGUUCAGGUUUUCCCUUCCGAGGCAGUCUUAAAGAUGUCGUCGCUUAGUAGAGAACUCGUCUUUCUGAUACUUCAGUUUCUUGAUGAAGAGAAGUUCAAAGAGACUGUUCACAAGCUGGAGCAAGAGUCUGGUUUCUUCUUUAACAUGAAGUAUUUCGAGGAUGCUGUUCACAAUGGGGAGUGGGAUGAGGUGGAAAAGUACCUCUCUGGAUUCACGAAAGUGGAUGAUAAUCGGUACUCCAUGAAGAUCUUCUUUGAGAUUCGAAAGCAGAAAUACCUCGAAGCAUUGGAUAAGCAUGACCGUUCAAAGGCUGUGGAUAUCCUUGUCAAAGAUCUGAAAGUAUUUGCAUCAUUUAAUGAAGAAUUGUUUAAGGAAAUCACCCAACUUUUAACCUUAGAAAAUUUCAGGGAAAAUGAGCAGCUCUCUAAGUAUGGGGAUACGAAGUCUGCCAGAACCAUCAUGUUGGUUGAGUUAAAAAAACUCAUUGAAGCAAAUCCUCUUUUUCGCGAUAAGCUUCAGUUCCCAAGCCUCAAGUCUUCAAGAUUAAGAACUCUCAUUAAUCAGAGCUUGAACUGGCAACAUCAGCUGUGCAAGAAUCCUAGACCCAACCCUGAUAUAAAGACUCUUUUUGUGGAUCAUUCUUGUGGGCAACCAAAUGGUGCACGUGCUCCUUCACCUGCAAACAAUCCUUUGCUAGGAUCCAUGCCAAAAGCUGGAGGUUUUCCCCCAUUGACAGCGCAUGUGCCAUUUCAACCAGCAGCAGCAUCUGUUGCAACUCCACUGGCAAGUUGGAUGUCUAAUCCACCUACUGUAACCCAUGCUGGAGUUUCUGGUGCAGCCAUUGGUCUUAGUGCUCCUGGAAAUUCAGCUGCAUUAUUGAAACAUCCAAGGACACCCCCAACCAAUAAUCCUGCUGUUGAUUACCACUCGGCAGAUUCUGAUCAUGUCUCAAAAAGAACAAGGCCUAUUGGAAUAUCUGACGAGGUUAACCUUCCUGUAAAUAUAUUGCCAGUUAGUUACCCUGGUCAGAGCCACGUCCAGGGCUUGUAUACUCUAGAUGAUUUGCCGAAGAAUGUUGCUCGUACAUUGAGUCAGGGAUCGACUGUCAUGAGCAUGGAUUUCCAUCCCACACAGCAAACUAUACUUCUUGUUGGUACAAACGUGGGAGACAUAGCAUUGUGGGAAGUUGGCUCCAGAGAAAAAUUGGUGGCGAAAAAUUUCAAGGUUUGGGACCAUGGUGCUGUUUCUAUGCCUUUACAGGCUGCUCUUAGUAAAGAACCUGGUGUAUCUGUUAAUCGUGUUAUAUGGAGUCCUGAUGGCUCACUGUUUGGAGUUGCAUAUUCAAGGCAUAUUGUGCAUGUGUACUCCUAUCAUGGUGCAGAUGAGAUAAGACAACACUUGGAGAUUGAUGCUCAUGCUGGUGGCGUAAAUGACCUUGCAUUCUGUCACCCCAACAAGCAACUAUGUGUCGUAACUUGUGGUGAUGACAAGACGAUAAAGGUGUGGGAUGCUGCCACUGGUGCUAAACAGUACUGCUUUGAAGGACAUGAAGCACCUGUUUAUUCUGUCUGUCCUCAUUACAAAGAAAAUAUCCAGUUCAUUUUUUCAACAGCUGUAGAUGGAAAAAUUAAGGCAUGGUUGUACGAUAAUAUGGGUUCAAGAGUUGAUUAUGAUGCUCCAGGUCACUGGUGCACCACAAUGGCCUACAGUGCUGAUGGUUCAAGGCUAUUUUCAUGUGGUACCAGCAAGGAAGGAGAGUCGUACAUUGUUGAGUGGAAUGAAAGUGAAGGUGCUGUAAAGAGGACAUACCAGGGGUUCAGAAAACGUUCCUUAGGCGUUGUUCAAUUUGAUACAACAAGAAACAGGUUUCUUGCUGCUGGUGAUGAAUAUUUGAUCAAGUUCUGGGACAUGGACAAUGUUAACCUUCUGACAACCACUGAUGCUGAGGCUGGAUUGCCUGCAAGCCCACGUAUCCGUUUCAACAAGGAGGGGACACUGUUGGCUGUUUCAUCAAGUGAUAAUGGAUUCAAAGUCUUAGCAAAUGCAGAUGGGUUACGUCUGUUGCGUACAUUUGAGAAUCGCUCUUUUGAUCCCUCUAGAGUUGCUUCUGAGGCAGUAGCUAAGGCACCGGGAAUCAAUGCUAUGAUUGUUGUUUCUUCUUCUGGGGGUACAAGCACAACUGCAGAUAGAGCUACUGCUGUAGUGGCUAUGAAUGGCGAUUCUCGAAAUUUGGGCGAUGUAAAAGCCAGAGUUGCUGAUGACUCACUGGAUAAGUCAAAGAUUUGGAAGCUUACUGAAAUCAGUGAACCAACACAAUGUCGCUCACUAAGGCUUCCUGAGAACCUAAGAGCUAGCAAGAUAUCAAGGCUAAUUUACACUAAUUCAGGUAUUGCCCUUCUGGCACUAGCGUCCAAUGCCUUUCAUCUGCUCUGGAAAUGGCAGCGUAAUGACCGGAACACUAGUGGAAAGGCAACAGCAAGUAUCCCACCUCAACUAUGGCAACCACCAAGUGGCAUCAUGAUGACUAAUGAUGUAACAGAUACAAAUCCUGAAGAAGCUGUUCCUUGCUUUGCACUGUCCAAAAAUGAUUCAUAUGUCAUGUCAGCUUCAGGUGGAAAAAUUUCUCUGUUCAAUAUGAUGACAUUCAAGACAAUGACAACUUUCAUGCCACCACCUCCAGCAGCAACAUUUCUGGCGUUCCACCCACAGGAUAACAACAUCAUUGCUAUUGGCAUGGAUGACUCCACCAUCCAGAUUUAUAAUGUUCGAGUAGAUGAGGUGAAAAGCAAACUCAAAGGCCAUUCCAAAAGAAUCACUGGCCUUGCAUUCUCAAACUCUUUGAACGUUUUGGUGUCAUCAGGAGCUGAUGCUCAGAUAUGUGUUUGGGGAACAGAUGGAUGGGAAAAGCAAAGAAGCAGAUCAUUGCAGGUCCCUGCUGGCCGGACACCAGCUCCACUGGCAGAAACUCGUGUGCAAUUUCACCAGGAUCAAACACAUUUCUUAGUUGUUCAUGAGACACAGAUAGCUAUUUAUGAAACAACAAAAUUGGAAUGUGUAAAACAGUGGAUUCCACGAGAAUCGUCUGCCCCUAUAUCCCAUGCUACAUUCUCUUGUGACAGCCAGUUGGUGUACGUUACCUUUGUAGAUUCAGCAAUAUGUGUGUUUAAUGCUGCAAAUUUGAGAUUAAGAUGUCGAAUUAAUCCAGCAGCCUAUCUUUCCGCUAAUGCCAGUUCCACUGUUUAUCCCCUUGUCAUUGCUGCACAUCCAUCCGAACCAAGCCAGUUUGCAGUUGGCCUAACAGAUGGAGGGGUUCAUGUCUUGGAGCCACUUGAGUCAGAAGGAAAGUGGGGCAGCAAUCCACCAGCUGAGAAUGGUUCUGCCAGCACCAUGUCUGCUGCUCCAUCUGCGGCAGCAACUGGGUCCACAAUAGACCAGCCGCAGAGAUGACCAAAAUUGUGGAAGUUUUUGGUCUAUUCUUCGCCUUUCUAAAUUCAAAUGGGUGGGGGAUAUAGCUCAUCAAUCUUCUUAUAUAGCAUUUAUUUAUAGGGCAUAUUAUUGGGGGAUAGGGAUAUUGCUGUUUAGGCAGUCUUUUUUUCCUUCUUUCCUGGUCCUUUCAAUUUUUUUUCGCUUUUCUUUUUCUCCGGGCAACUAGCUCCGCACGGCUUACUAAAGGGGAAGAUGGUGUCGUUGCUGGGUUCCGUUCUUUGUUGCUUGGGUUUGAUGGCAUGUUGUAUUAUUUGUAGUAGAACAUUCAGCUUAGCUAUAAGAAGCUUUCAUGUCA